CCACGAGGCGUGCCGUCCGUAUCGUUGGCUCCGCCUCUCCUAGGGUUUUAGCUCCCCUCUCCCCUCCCCUCCCCUCCCCUCCCGCCGCCUCCUCCUCCUCACGCUUCGCAAUCCCUUCCACCACCUCGCCGCGGCGGCGACGAGCGGGCGGCGCCGGCGGCGCAGGCGCAGGCGCGGGGGCGGCGGAGAUGGACCGGUACCAGAGGGUGGAGCGGCCGCGGCCGGAGUCGGCCAUCGAGGAGAACGAGAUCCGCAUCACCGCGCAGGGGCUCAUCCGCAACUACGUCUCCUACGCCACGUCCCUCCUCCAGGAUCGGAGGAUUAAAGAGAUUGUUCUGAAGGCCAUGGGGCAGGCAAUCAGCAAAUCUGUUGCUGUUGCAGAAAUUAUCAAGAAAAGAGUCCCUGGGCUUUAUCAAGAUACCAACAUCAGUUCUGUCAGCAUCACUGAUGUCUGGGAACCUAUUGAAGAAGGCCUUGUUCCACUAGAGAUGACUCGUCAUGUUUCGAUGAUUUCAAUUACCUUAUCUCCCAGAGAUCUGGACAAGAACUCUCCUGGGUACCAAACCCCAGUUUAUGUUGAACAACCCCGGCAACAGCCGCGCCUCCAGCAGGCGCCACCACCACCACAGCGCCAAGUUCGUCAACCACCACCUGAUUAUGAAGACUCCUAUGUCCGGGGUCGUGGCAGAGGAAGGGGGCGUGGACGUGGAAGGGGUUGGGGUAGAGGAGGUUAUGGUGGUUAUGGUGGAUAUGGAAACAAUCAAGGUGGGUACAACCAAGGUGGUGGGUACUAUGAUAACCAAGGUGGGUAUGGUGGCUAUGAUAAUCAGGGAGGAUAUGGUGGCUAUGAUAAUCAAGGGGGAUAUGGUGGUGGUGGAUAUGGCUACAACCAAGGCAGAUAUGGAAACUACCAAGAAAAUGGUGGAUAUAACCGAGGACGGGGUGGCAUGCGCGGGAGGGGCAAUUGGAAUUACCGUGGCGGGUACGAACGAGGCAGAGGUGGCGGUUUUCCUGGUGGAAGGGGAUAUGGCGGCCGCGGGCGGGGAAGAAUGGGUGGCCGUGGUGGACGAGGAAACUGAAGAUCCAAGCAGUGAGCAGAUGGGUGAGGAGAAUCCAUGGGCUACUGGUGAUAUUUAAGUGCAUGCUUUAUUUAAAUAUCAGGGAAAAAAGUUAUCUAUUUAUGUGUUGGGAGCCCUCAUGUUUGGUUUGUUGUUUUCCCUGAGCGCGAGGUUUGGUUGUGAGCAUAAUGCCUUUUUCCCAAAGGUAUCCUGUAGUCUUUCGAUGAUGUUCGGGUAUCAUCCUGUAGUCAAUCUUUCAGUGUUGGUUAUCAGCUGCUGGCGAGUUUUGCUUGUUUCUCAAUGGUCGAUGAAUGCUGAGCAUGCCUCUAUGUUCAUGCCCGUCGUAUUUACCUGAUGUUAUUAAAUUCAUGCCUCUAUGCUGAGCAAUCCCCUAUGUUAUUAAAUUGUUCAUUCAA